GACAUCGAUGGGCCGUCGCCCCGCCCCCAAGCUUUGCAGGAAGUUGCGUGGGACAAACCGCUUUGUACAAUGGCGCCUCUAGAUCUGGACAAAUACGCGGACAUUGCAAAGCAGUGCAAAUACCUUCCAGAAAAUGACUUGAAGCGAUUAUGUGACUAUGUGUGUGAUCUUCUGCUGGAGGAAUCAAACGUUCAGCCGGUUUCUACUCCAGUAACAGUAUGUGGGGACAUACAUGGACAGUUUUAUGAUCUUUGCGAACUCUUUCGAACUGGUGGCCAAGUUCCAGAUACAAAUUACAUAUUUAUGGGAGACUUUGUUGACCGAGGGUAUUACAGUUUGGAGACAUUUACCUACCUGCUGGUGCUGAAAGCAAAAUGGCCAGACCGCAUCACUCUUCUACGUGGAAAUCAUGAGAGCAGACAAAUUACUCAAGUUUACGGCUUUUAUGAUGAGUGCCAGACCAAAUAUGGAAACGCGAAUGCCUGGCGUUAUUGCACCAAAGUGUUUGAUAUGUUAACUGUAGCAGCUCUGAUGGAUGAACAGAUCUUGUGUGUACAUGGGGGCCUCUCUCCUGACAUUAAAACCCUAGAUCAAAUUCGAACCAUUGAGCGGAACCAGGAAAUCCCUCACAAAGGAGCCUUUUGUGAUUUGGUUUGGUCUGACCCUGAGGAUGUAGACACUUGGGCCAUCAGCCCCAGAGGAGCAGGUUGGCUCUUUGGUGCUAAAGUCACAAAUGAGUUUGUCCAUAUCAACAAUCUCAAGCUGAUAUGCCGGGCACAUCAACUCGUCCAUGAGGGCUACAAAUUUAUGUUCGAUGAAAAGUUGGUCACGGUGUGGUCAGCUCCCAACUACUGCUAUCGCUGUGGCAACAUCGCUUCCAUUAUGGUCUUCAAAGAUGCUAACACAAGAGAGCCGAAGCUCUUUAGAGCAGUGCCUGAUUCUGAAAGGGUCAUUCCACCUAGGACAACGACACCAUAUUUCCUGUAAGAUGAUGAAAUAAAAACUUUUUUUUUUUUUUUAAAGUAUAGACACCAACAGCGGGAACAGCACUUGUGAGUCUGUAUGCAUUUUAUAGUGUAAAUUUAAAGUAUUUACAGUGACAACUGUAUUUUCCCCCUAUGUACAUUUAAAUCCAUGUAUUUGCAUCUUCACUCAGCUCUUCACCUAAACCUGAAAGUUUGCGAGAAGUUACAUGUUAUCAACAUGGGUUUUUGUCCAUUGUGUUAAAAUAUAGUUUUGGUAAUGGAGGGAAUAUAGACAACAAUCACUAGUACCAGUAAUCUUAUCGUUAUAUGAAGUACUUUGGUAACUUCAUUCUUUCACUUUCCCCCCCUUGCUCUGUUUAUGCCUUUCUCUGUCUGAAGUCAAAUUGACAUGUACCAUGUGAUCUCUUAAAUGGAAAAGAAAACAAUAACAAGCCAAAUGUGAAAUACUGAACAAUCACAACAUAUGUGGGAGCUUAAUAUGGCUACCUUUAACUACUGUUUUAGUAUCAGCGUUUUUAUAUUAAUUUUUCACUUAAGUGUUGCUGUGCGAAACUGCCUCACAGACUUGUAACUCCUUACAGACUUUCAGUUCUCACUUGGGGUUUGAAUGACAAAGAUAUUUCACAGCUAGGUAAGACGGAAUCUAUGUGUUGAGGUCAAUUAACCAUUGUGAAAUGUUCAUAUUUGCACAUCUCUGUUUUACUUUACAAUAAAGAUUUAGCCAUCUGAACUCA